AUCGGUCCUUUAUACACAAGUAACAGUUUUGAAUGAGCUGUGUUAUAAAUCCGACGUAAAAACAUGGAUAUUAAAAGCCAGUAUUUUUUCAUAGCGGUAAUGUUGUUUCUAAAACAGCCGUUUAUUUUUGGGGAGGACUGCAAGUGCGAAGGAUUAGUCAAUGUUUUAAAGAGUACAAUGUCGAGGGAAAUAUUUGAUUUGAAGAUAGAGAACACUAUGCUUCAAGCGAGAAUGGAUAAAAUGGAGUCGAUCAUCGUCAACAUCGUCUCGGGGUUUGGACACAGCCCGGCUUGAAGGGUUUGAAAACAGACUGUCUUCGAUUGAAUCAAACAGACAACAUACCAUUAAGGUCCCUACUAAUACAUUAAAACUGCCCAGCUUGAUAGCGAAAGCUCUUCGAUCAGAGAAAGUAAAAAGGAUUCAAGCAGAAUCAGAUACGAGGAAGCACAUUCAAUUAUUCAAUCAAAGUAUUAGUGACUUGAAAAUUAAAGUUGAUUUCGUGCUGAACUCCAACCUAACGUACAUUGUUGAUGACAUAGAAAAGUCGGAACGCGGUCUUCAUCAAGUUAAAAACGACAUCAGAAACCUUCAGUCAAAUAUUUCAGAACUGCAAAGUCAAACUAAUGCAUUAAGUGACAGUUAUAUAUCAGAGUUAGGGAUCGACCUUGCUGCGAUUAACCAAAGCGUUGCGACGGACAUAGUGGAAAUUGACCAGCGGAUGUCUGAUGGUUUCUUAAAUAUUAAAAACGAGAUCAAGACAAUGCAGUCAAAUGUGAAGAAACAAUACCAAGUAAAUGUAUUAAUAGAUAAGAAUGUUACAGCUCUUGAGACAGCUCUUUCUAAGAUUGAUCAGGAUGUCAUAACGAUGAACGCAGAUAUUAAAACAUUGAAGGAACGAUCACUUAUUUUGUUAAAAGCAAACCAAUGUCCAGAGUUGACAAGUAUUAGGAAUGGAGAAAUAUUCAAGAAUACAAAUGAAGGAGUUCGAAAUAUUUAUGGAAGCGUGGCCGAAUACAGAUGUAAUAUUGGUUACUCUUUGAAUGGCAACACGAGCAUCAAGGUAUAUAAUAGACACUGUCAAGCAGAUAGAACAUGGAGUGGCAAACAACCAACGUGUGACGAAGAAAGUUGCAUAUUGCCAAAACAUGCUGCAAAUUACGGAGGCCAAAGAAUUGUUAGCCCUGGAACAACGUUAAACAACUUUGCAUGUGACAGUGGUUAUGUUCUUUCAUCGCAACAUGGAAUGACGUGUCAUGAUGGCGGAUCAUGGUCUCAAAUUGUUACCUGUAUUAAAGGUUGCACACUUCCAGAUCAUACAGCAAAUCAUAAAGAUCGGGGAUCAAUUUUUAGUCCUGGAGAAAUUUUAAACAACUUUUAUUGCGGACAUGGUUAUGUUCUUUCAUCCGAAAACGGAAUGACAUGUCAACGUGGUGGAUCUUGGUCAGAAAUUGUUACAUGCAUUAAAGGUUGCACACUUCCAAAUCAUGCAGCAAGUUCUAAAGACGGGAGAACAACUUUUAGCCCUGGAGAAACUUUAAACAACUUUGCUUGCCAACCUGGUUAUGUUCUAUCAUCACAAAACGGAAUGACAUGUCGACGUGGUGGAUCAUGGUCAGAAAUUGUUACAUGCGUUAAAGUUCAGCCAAAGGAGUGCGUCUUUGAUGCUGGUCAUAAAUGGCAUCCAAGGUGGAAAAAAAAAAGUCGAACAACCUGCACAUUACUCUGGACAUAAACAGUCACCAAGAGACUGCAAAGAAGAUUGCUUGAACCAACAGAAAAUCCUUUUGCAAUCUGUAUAUUACAAUAUAGUACAUAAAACGUGUUGGUGUUUAGCAGUUUCUGCACAACAAUAUUUUGUUCUGCGACCUGAUCCAUGGACAGCACGGGUGUAUAUACUAUCGUGCAAAUAGAUUUCGUGUCAUGAUUGAUUUAAAAAAAAACAACGAUCAAUACUAUUACUGUUUAUAUGUUAAUAGUAAUAAUUGUGUAAGCGGUAAAUAAAAGUGAGCAAGAGAACAUGUAAGUACGUGUA